CCGCGGCGCAGGGCGGGGCGCGGCGGACGGCAGAGGCGGGGCCGGCGGCAGUGGCGGCGGCUGCGGGGCUGGUGGCCAUCUGCCUGGCCCAGCGCCAUGCACACGCUUGUGUUCUUGAGCACUCGGCAGGUGCUCCAGUGCCAGCCAGCUGCCUGCCAGGCCCUGCCCUUGCUGCCUCGCGAGCUUUUCCCCCUGCUGUUCAAGGUGGCCUUCAUGGACAAGAAGACAGUCGUACUGCGUGAGCUGGUGCACACGUGGCCCUUCCCACUGCUCAGCUUCCAGCAGCUACUGCAGGAAUGUGCCCACUGCAGCCGGGCCCUUCUGCAGGAGCGGCCCAGCACGGAGAGCAUGCAGGCAGUGAUCCUGGGGCUUACUGCCCGGCUCCAUGCCCCAGAGGCCGGGGCCAGCACGCAGCCCCUCUGCAGGAAGCACACGCUGCGGGUGUUGGACAUGACAGGCCUCCUGGAUGAUGGUGUGGAGCAGGACCCCGGCACCAUGAGCAUGUGGGACUGCACAGCAGCUGUGGCCCGCACAUGCAUUGCCCAGCAGCAGGGCCAGGCUGCAGAGCCAGGGCUGGCCACUGUUCCCGUGGAAGUGCGUGUGGACCUGCGGGUGAACCGGGCCUCCUAUGCAUUCCUUCGAGAGGCGCUCCGAAGCAGUGUGGGCAGCCCCCUGCGGCUCUGCUGUCGGGACCUGCGAGCUGAGGAUCUGCCCAUGCGCAACACCGUGGCUCUGCUACAGCUUCUGGAUGCAGGCUGCCUGCGUCGUGUGGACCUACGCUUCAAUAACCUGGGCCUGCGUGGCCUGUCCGUCAUUAUCCCGCAUGUGGCUCGCUUCCAGCACCUGGCUAGCCUGAGGCUGCACUAUGUACACGGGGACUCAAGGCAACCCUCCGUGGAUGGCGAGGACAACUUCCGCUACUUCCUGGCCCAAAUGGGUCGCUUCACCUGUCUGCGGGAGCUCAGCAUGGGCUCCUCUCUCCUUUCAGGGAGGCUGGACCAGCUGCUCAGCACUCUACAGAGCCCCCUGGAGAGCCUGGAGCUGGCCUUCUGUGCUCUGCUGCCUGAGGACCUGCGCUUUCUGGCACGGAGCUCCCAUGCUGCCCACCUCAAGAAGUUGGACCUGAGUGGCAAUGACCUGUCUGGCAGCCAGCUUGUGCCCUUCCAGGGUCUGUUGCAGGCGGCAGCAGCCACACUACUGCACCUUGAGCUGACUGAGUGCCAGCUUGCUGAUACCCAGCUGUUGGCCACACUACCCAUCCUGACUCGCUGUGCCAGUCUCCGCUACCUCGGCCUCUAUGGCAACCCACUGUCCAUGGCAGGCCUCAAGGAAUUGCUACGGGACUCUGCGGCUCAAGCUGAGCUGCGUACAGUUGUACACCCCUUCCCUGUGGACUGUUAUGAGGGCCUGCCCUGGCCACCACCUGCCUCUGUCCUGCUGGAGGCCUCCAUCAACGAGGAGAAGUUUGCCCGUGUGGAAGCUGAGUUGCACCAGCUCCUUUUGGCCUCAGGCCGUGCACAUGUGCUCUGGACCACAGACAUCUACGGGCGGCUGGCUGCAGACUACUUCAGUCUAUGAUUGCCAGGCCUUGGGUGAGACACAGGCUAUCCUGGGGUCUCCUGUGUAGGCAGGGCUUUUGCUGGGACCUUGCUGGAGGCCUGACAAAAGCACUGGUUUUCCGGUUUCCUGCAGGGUCUGCCUUGCUCCUGGGUGUACUUUGAGUCUCCCCUGCUUUUUGCAGUCCUCUGUGCUGUUUGCAUUGCACCUACUCCCUAACUAGCUGACUGUGGGCCCCAGGGCUGGAUUUCAGGCCUACACUGCCUUGCUCAGUUUGGCUGCCCUCUAGGGUGUUGGUCCUUUCUGCACCCCAGAUGUGAGCUGAGAGAGAUGGUCUCUUUGGGUCCUUCCCUCCCCUUGCUGAGAGCCUAGUGUUGUGGGGUUGAAGUUGGGCAGGGGCCUGCUUCAGGGAAGCUUAGGUCCCCAUGCACUCUGGGGCCACUUGUGGUGUGCCCUGCCCUGGCACCCAGCCAUUCGUGCUGGGCUUUGGGGCUGGAGGGUGUCAUCAAGGUACUAACGUGCAGUGUAUCUGGAACUUGAA